AUGGUCAAUUCUAUCGUCACCGCGCUCUUCUCUCUGGUGGGAAUUACAGCCGCAGCCGUCUCAACUGACAACACCUGUGGAGGCACCAAAGGGCUGACAUGUCCCGGUUCAUUGUGUUGCAGUCAAUACAACUGGUGUGGAGUCAGCGAUGACUAUUGUGGGGCCGGGUGCCAGUCUAAGUUUGGCAGAUGCACGACAAUAUCGUCUUCCUCGACGAAGAUUUCUCCAGAUGGGACUUGCGGAGGGAUCAACGCGUACACCUGCACAGGCGGGUCGUUUGGCAACUGCUGCAGUCAGUGGGGAUACUGUGGUAACUCAGAUGACCAUUGCCUCAACGGCUGCCAGUCCAAGUUCGGAGAUUGCAGCUCGAUCACCGUCGGUGGGAAAUCACUGCGGUGGCUCAAACGGAUAUAUUUGUCCAUCGGGAACGUGUUGUUCGAAGAACGGAUAUUGUGGCACAUCAAGCGACUUUUGCGGGUUUGGCUGCCAGACAUCGUUCUCUCCUGGAACUUGCUCGGCCUGCCCUGCACCAGCAUGUGCCGGCACGGCAUCAAGCAACCCGACGUGCUCUACUAA